AUGUUAUUUGCUAGGGAUGCAUCAGUGCGUUGGCCGAAAUAUCUUACCAUAUCAGUGGUACGAAGCAUCGCCCGGCUUGCAAGUACAAAUGUAUGUACUAAACCAGGUGCAGUUGCAAUGGAACCUGAAGUAAUUAUCUCAAAGCGUCAAGGGGUGAUUGAAUCUGGUAGGCACAAAACCGUAACAUUAAAGAUAGAAGACAAUAUAGCUGUAAUGAAAAUUGAUCUUCCUAAUGCGAAGGAAAAUGUCUUGAAUGAAACAGUUGCGGAUGAUUUGCGACACUGUAUGGAUCGUGCUGAUGCCGAUUCUUCUAUUAAAGGGAUAGUGAUAAUAUCUGGAAAACCGAAUACAUUCAUCGCCGGUGCGGAUAUUGAAAUGUUGGCUAAGUGUAAAAAUUCUGCAGACGCUCGGAAAAUUUCAUCCACUGCCCAACAAGAUUUUUUUCGAAUUGAAAAUAGUGAAAAACCAGUCGUUGCAGCCAUUAUGGGUACCUGUAUGGGCGGUGGUUUAGAGCUAGCACUUUCAUGCCACUAUCGAAUUGCCAUGAAUGUGCCAAAAACAUUGUUUGCAUUACCUGAGGUGAAAUUAGGCCUACUUCCUGGUGCUGGUGGCACGCAACGUUUACCAAAGCUGAUUUCAAUCACUGAAGCCCUUAGUAUAAUGCUUACCGGGAAAAUAUUGCCAACUGUAAAGGCAAAAAAAAUUGGUCUAAUUGAUCGCAUUGUGCAACCUAUCGGAGCUGGAAUAAAACCUGCUGAAGAAAAUAACUAUAAUUACCUUGAACAGGUCGCCAUCGAAGCCGCGCAACAGCUGUCUAUGGGAGCACUGGAAGUAGAUCGCAAAGGGUCUUUUUGGAAAAAAGCUACAAAUUACGUACUGACGAAAACUCCAGUCUUCAAACACUUUAUUUUGAAAAAAGCGCGCGAAAAUGUUAUGAAGAUGACUUCUGGAAACUAUCCAGCUCCACUGAAAAUCUUGGACGUCGUCGAAAGUGGAAUAACAAAAGGACCUGAUUUAGGUUACAUGGAAGAGUCAGAGGCUUUUGGAGACUUAACACAAACAACAGAGUGUAAAGCUCUGAUGGGUAUUUUCAAAGGCAGAACCGAAUGCAGACGAAAUAAGUUUGGGGAGUCGAAAAAAAUUAAGAAGUUAGCCGUAAUUGGUGCCGGUUUGAUGGGUGCUGGAAUUGCAAAUGUUUCGAUCGACAAAAAUAUUCAGACAUAUCUGCUGGAUAGGAAUGAUGAAGGAUUGGCACGAGGUCAAAAUCAAAUUCACAAGCAUUAUGACGGAAUGGUAAAAAGGAGAAAAAUCAGCGAUUAUGAGAGACAUAGGUUUAUGGCUCAUCUAAAAACAACUUGUACAUACGGUGAACUACAUGACUGUGAUGUGGCUAUUGAAGCCGUUUUCGAAGAACUCCUUUUGAAACAUGAAGUAAUCAAAAAGUUGGAAUCGGUAGUAUCAGAUCACUGUGUUAUUGCGUCUAAUACUUCAGCGCUCCCAAUCACACAAAUCGCAUCGGUUUCCACUCGACCUGACCGUAUCAUCGGGAUGCACUACUUUUCUCCAGUUGAGAGAAUGGAGCUACUUGAAAUAAUAACGACAAAAAAUACUAGCAAGGAAGCUAUCGCUGUAGCUACGCAAUUAGGACUAACGCAAAAUAAAUUAGUUGUAGUGGUUAAAGACUGUCCGGGGUUUUUCGUUGUCCGUUGCUUAGCUCCAAUGAUGAGUGAAGUUGUUCGAUUACUUCAAGAAGGUGUUUAUCCAGAUGAAAUUGAUGAUAUAACGAAGAGUUACGGUUUUCCAGUGGGUGCAGCAACGCUAAUAGAUGAAGUUGGAAUUGAUGUGGCGCAGCAUGUUGCAAAGUUCCUGGGAGAGGCACUAGGUCCACGAAUUGGCGGUGGAUCGAUUACAGUAUUGGAAGAAAUGAUUGCAUCAGAGUUCAAAGGUCGUAAGUCGGGUAAAGGGUACUUUAUCUAUGGUGAUUCUAAAAGGCUCGGUAUCUUUGCCAAAAAGAAACCUAUAAAUGAGGCUGCGCUAAAAAUUCUUCACAAGUACCAAGUGACUCCUGUUUCAACAGUAAGCAGUAUUGUUGAUCGUCAACUUCGAAUAUUAUGUCGCUAUGUAAAUGAAGCAGCUAUAUGCCUUGAAGAAGGCAUUAUUUCUUCACCGUCAGAUGGCGAUAUAGCGUCGGUGUUCGGUAUCGGUUUUCCGCCGUUCUGGGGUGGUCCGUUCCGUUUUAUCGAUAUAUAUGGUGCAGAUAAAUUUAUAGGUAAUAUGUUACGGUAUGCAGAAGCCUAUUCGUCGGAGCAGUUCAAGCCGGCUCAAAUCAUCCAGGAUUAUGCCAAACGAAAUACAAAAUUUUAUCCGGAAUAA